AUGGAAGCUAGGACUGGACUUUUUGCAGGGUCUCAUAACAGCAAUGAGCUUUUGGUUGUUCAAGGACGCGAUGAGCCUAAGCAUGUGAAGAACUUAGAUGGUCAACUCUGUGACAUAUGUGGUGAUUCUGUGGGACUUACGGUGGAUGGAGACUUGUUUGUAGCUUGUGAGGAGUGUGGUUUCCCAGUGUGCAGGCCAUGCUAUGAGUAUGAAAGAAGGGAAGGGACUCAAGUUUGCCCUCAGUGUCAUACAAGAUACAAGCGUAUCAAAGGAAGCCCAAGAGUGGAGGGAGAUGAAGAUGAAGAUGAUGUGGAUGAUAUUGAACAUGAAUUCAAAAUGGAAGAAGAAAAGUACAAGCUUCAGUAUGAAGAGAAGCUGCAAGGGAAAAUGAACCAUGGAGAUGAUAAUGAGAACUCUAAAUCAAUACCGGUAGGUUUAGCAAAUGUGAAUGGGGAGCUACCCAUAUCUUCUCACAGUAUUGGAGAACCUGGUGGUGCAAAAUUGCAUGACAAGGAGAAAAUAGAUGACUGGAAGUUGAGUCAAGGCAAUCUGAUGCCUGAAACUGAUGCCUCAGUUGAUCCUGAAAAGGCCAUGAAAGAUGAAACUAGACAGCCACUCUCAAGGAAAGUAGCAAUACCAUCAGGCAGACUCAGUCCUUAUAGAAUGAUGGUUGCGGCUCGGUUCAUCAUUCUAUUACUCUUCUUUCAGUACAGAAUCUUCCACCCAGUACCUGAUGCAAUUGGACUCUGGUUCACAUCUGUAAUAUGUGAAAUCUGGCUUGCAUUGUCAUGGCUGGUUGAUCAGAUUCCAAAAUGGUUUCCUAUUGAUCGCGAGACAUACCUUGAUCGUCUUUCAAUCAGGUUUGAACCGGAGAACAAGCCAAACAUGCUUUCUCCAAUAGAUAUCUUUGUCACUACCAUAGAUCCAAUCAAGGAACCUCCUCUAGUUACAGCCAAUACUGUUCUUUCAAUCUUGGCCUUGGAUUACCCUGCUGACAAAAUCUCAUGCUAUGUUUCUGAUGAUGGAGCUUCCAUGCUCACCUUUGAAGCUCUUCAAGAAACUGCUGAAUUUGCGCGAAAGUGGGUACCUUUCUGCAAAAAAUUUUCUGCAGAACCUAGAGCACCAGAGAAGUACUUUUCUGAGAAGAUAGAUUAUAUGAAGGAUAAGCUUCAGUCCACAUACGUAAAAGAACGUCGUACUAUGAAGAGAGAAUAUGAAGAAUUUAAGGUGAGGAUAAAUGCACUUGUGGCUAAAUCCAUGAGAGUUCCCCCAGAAGGGUGGACUAUGCAAGAUGAGACACCAUGGCCAGGAAACAAUACCAAAGAUCAUCCAAGUAUGAUACAAAUCCUUCUUGCUAAGAAUGGAGGCCAUGAAGGUAAUGAACUUCCUUGCCUUGUCUACAUAUCUCGCGAGAAAAGGCCUGCAUUUCAACACCACAGCAAAGCUGGUGCAAUGAAUGCCUUGCUACGCGUGUCAGCCGUGCUAAGCAAUGCUCCUUUCGUGCUGAACUUGGAUUGCAAUCAUUAUGUGAAUAACAGCAAAGUCGUGCGAGAGGCCAUGUGUUUCUUUAUGGACAUACAACUUGGGAAUACCAUUGGCUUUGUCCAGUUUCCACUAAGAUUUGACAGCCUAGAUAGACAUGAUCGUUAUGCCAAUAAAAACAGUGUUUUAUUUGAUAUUAACAUGAGGUGCCUUGAUGGAAUUCAAGGACCAGCUUAUGUUGGUUCAGCAUGUAUCUUCAGAAGGAACGCUUUUUAUGGCUUUGAUUCUCCAAAGGCUUCGAAACGCCCACGAAUAGUGCAAGUGCACUCAAAACAGGAUGAAAAUGGAGAGGAUGGAAGCAUAACAGCAGCAACAGAUGAAGACAAGCAGCUAUUGAAGUCACAGAUGAAUGCUGAAAAUAAAUUUGGAAACUCAACACUUUUUGUGAAUUCUUCAAUAACAGAAGAAGGUGGUGCUGAUCCUUCUUCAAGUCAGGAAGCCCUGCUUAAAGAAGCCAUUCAUGUCAUGAGUUGUAGCUAUGAAGACAGAACUCUCUGGGGAUAUGAGAUAGGUUUGAGUUAUGGAUCUAUAGCAGCAGAUAUGCUUGCAAGUUUCAAGAUGCAUUGUCAUGGUUGGAGAUCUGUAUACUGCAUGCCAAAGAGACCUGCAUUCAGGGGUACAGCUCCUAUCAACCUUACAGAUAGACUAAACCAGGUGUUAAGAUGGGCAGUGGGAUCACUUCAGAUCCUCUUCAGCCGCCAUUGCCCACUAUGGUAUGGCUUCAAGGAAGGAAGACUCAAGGGGCUUCAGAGAAUUGCUUAUAUUAACAGCACUGUCUACCCCUUCAGCUCAAUACCUCUCCUAAUAUAUUGUCUCAUUCCUGCAAUCUGCUUGCUCACUGACAAAUUCAUCACACCAUCGGUAGGAACUUUUGCAAGUCUAAUAUUUAUUUCUCUGUUCAUCUCAAUCUUUGCUUCGGCUAUUCUUGAAUUGAGAUGGAGUGGAGUUGGCCUUGAGGAAUGGUGGAGAAAUCAGCAAUUCUGGGUCAUUGGCAGUGUGUCUGCAAACCUCUUUGCCCUUGUACAAGGCCUAAUGGGAGCCCUAGCUAAAGUUAAUAAUACAAACUUCAGUGUUGCAUCAAAGGCCCCAGAUGAUGGGGAGUUUCGUGAACUAUACACAAUUAAAUGGACUGCACUCCUAAUACCUCCAACUACUAUCAUAAUAAUCAACCUUAUUGGUAUUGUAGCAGGGUUCACAGAUGCCAUAAACAGUGGUGAACAUUCUUGGGGAGCAAUGCUUGGGAAGCUCUUCUUUUCUUCAUGGGUUAUUGUCCAUUUGUACCCUUUCCUUAAAGGUCUGAUGGGUAGGCAGAACAGAACACCAACUCUUAUUGUCAUAUGGUCUGUGCUUUUGGCUUCUAUCUUCUCCUUGGUUUGGGUAAGAAUUGACCCUUUUGUGUUAAAAACUAAGGGGCCUGAUAUCAAGCAAUGUGGAAUCAGUUGCUGA